AUGAGAGCAAGCGAUACACCUUCGCCCCAUGGCGACGAGAAGACCUAUGACGUCCAUGCACCACCGCCUGACUACAGAUCUGGCGACGAUACAGAUAGCGGAAGCAGCAGCGAGGAAGCCCAAGCCGGCGUCAAAAGAAUUGAAGCUGUGAGCAAGGCUUGGACCACCGUGAGCCUAAUUGUUGCUUACAUUGGACUCAUGCUGCUUGCCAAUAUCACAUCCUUUGAGAUUCAGGUCACCUCAAACCUCACAUUCUAUGCAACGAGUGCUUUCAGUUCGCAUUCAUUGCUAUCGACUGUGGCAGUCAUCCAGGGUGUCGUGAGCGCUGCGAUCAAGCCUCCCAUGGGUAAGAUCGCCGAUGUGUUCGGACGGCUAGAAUCAUUCAGCAUCUCGAUUCUUUUCUACACGCUCGGCUACAUCCAACAAGCUGCCUCGAAUAACGUUCGAACAUACGCCGGCGCUCAAGUCUUCUGGGCUGCUGGGUUCAACGGGCUUCAAGUCCUGCAGCAGAUCUUUGUCGCAGACACGACAGAUCUGCUCAAUCGCGCUCUGUACUCCACUAUCUUCGACCUGCCUUUCCUCUGGACCACUUUUGCAGGACCCCAGGCCGCCAAUGCCAUCCUCACCAACACCACUUGGCGCUGGGGCUAUGGAAUCUGGGCCAUCAUCCUCCCUGUUGCUUUCAUUCCUCUUGCAGUGAGCCUGUUCAUGAACCAUCGCCGCGCAAAGAAGCUCGGUCUGGACUUUCCGAGUCCAUUCAGGGGCUACAGCGUCGGCUCCAUCUUCAAAAACCUCUGGUACGACAUGGAUGUGUUCGGCCUGCUGCUGUUAGCUGCAGGAAUCUCACUGAUUUUACUCCCUCUCACGCUCGCUCCAAACGCAAACGGAGGAUGGCGCAACGGUAGUAUGAUCGCCAUGCUGGUCAUCGGCGGCAUUGUAUGCAUCCUGUUUCCGUUCUGGGAGACAAGCAAGAAGCUCGCACCGAAGGCUUUUUUCCCACCCAACCUGUUCAGGAACAGGACAGUGGUCGCGGGUGUUUUGAUCGCUUUCUUCUACUUCAUGGCGUUCUACAUGAGCGUUUUCCCGUACUUUUUCUCGUACUUGCUCAUCGUGCAGAACAAGUCGCAGGUGACUGCGGGCUAUAUCACGCGCGUCUUUACAUUCGCGUCGACCGUCUCUUCCAUCGUCGUGUCUUUGAUCAUCAAAUGGACUGGACACUACAAGUACUUCGUCACGGCUGGAGCAGCCAUCUACAUAAUGGGCUUUGGAAUCAUGCUCGCUUACCGCACCGAGGAUGCAUCAACAUGGUCCAUCAUCGGCACCCAGAUCGCAAUCGGCAUCGGCGGCGGCUUCCUCAACGUCCCAGCCCAGCUGGGCGUGCAAGCAUCGGCAUCGCACCAGCAAGUCGCCGCUGCGACAACCGUCUUCCUUACCAUCCUCGAGAUCGGUGGCGCGGUCGGUGCCGCCGUCUCUGGCGCCAUCUGGACCACCUACGUGCCGCGCAAGCUGCAGGCGUACCUGCCACCCGACGUCGCCCCCAACUACGCGACGAUAUACAGCGACGGCGUCACGGCGGCAAACUACUCGCUGUACCCCCACGGCUCGCUGGAGCGCAUUGCCAUCAACAGGGCGUAUCAGGAGACGAUGCGGUACAUGCUCAUCGGCGCCAUUUGUGCCGCUGUGCCCAUCCUGCCGCUGUCGCUGUGCAUGAAGAACUACAAGCUGGAUCAGAUGACGCAGCCUGUAAAGGGUAAGGUCAUUGGCACGUCGAACGAGCGGAGCGAGGCAACGAGCUGGAGGUUCUGGCAGCGGGGAGAGAGCACUCACGCUGUCUCUUGA